AUGGACUCAAACGAUCGGCGGCACAAUAUAAGAGGCUCAUCAAUCACCCUACCAGGACCCGAAGAAGAUGCAACGCCAUGCGUGAUCCGAUGUUACGUCAGCCGAAGUUCAUCCUUUCGUCUAUUAGGAGAAUUCGAAUUGGAUUAUAGACCAUUAUAUGAAGAAUUCAAAUUGUACGUUUGGAGGACGAUCACCUUACGGGAAAUUGCAACAUUGCUAUUCAUUCGAGAUUGUUCAUUCAAUCCGUCACCGCUCUCAUUGCAUGCAUUCAGGAUCAUUCGAUUUGAUGAACGAAAUGGAUACUUUUUUGCAGAAAAGGCUUUUUACGAUAUCACCAGGAUUUCAUCAGUGCAAUUCUCUGUCGCCAAAAAGGAAGUUCGACAGCUACUUUUCGGCGAGGAUAUUCUCGAGGCAAACAGUACUUUUGAAAAAGUCAUGCAAGAAUUCACACCUCAAUUACCGAAAGGAGCGAACGAAGAUGCAGCAAAAGAGACGUUGGAUUCGAUAGGAUGGAGAGAUGGCGAUAUUCUAGAUUGUAUACUGUACGAGCCAAGUAAUGAGCCUGACAGGCGGCGUUACCAAAAGCAAGAACGAGGCUCAAAUGAUCAAUCUCAUCGAUCACGUAGGAAUCGACAUCAAUCAAGAGAUGAAGAGGCAAUGAAUAGAAGAUCAUCUGAGCAUCACAGAAAUGGCAGAAGAAGUCCCAGUCCUCGUUGGGAGCAGAGAAGUAGGCGAGAUUCGACUUAUAGUAACAGAAGGUCAGCAAGCCCAUCCAGGGGUGACGUAAGCUGA